AUGACAUUGACCUGGCGUUGGUUGGUGAAGCACAAGGUCGAUCGAGCGUUUUGUGUGUCAAGAUUGUUGCAGACUUAUCAUUCGGUGGGCACCCAUUCUGAAGUGCCCGCCAUCGCCAUUGUGGUCCAGAUGCAUGGGCACUGUCGUGCUCUCAGAGCAAAUGUAACCCAAAUUGGGCAAACUCAUGGUGGAAUAUGGAUCGUUACUCUGUCACAUUCCACAGCAGAAGGUGAAAUUCCUUCGAUGCGAGAGGUGUGGAAUGCAGCAGGGCCCAUUGUGAAAGGGCAUGUUGCUGUCUUGUGUCCUUGUGUAUGGGACAGCAUCAAAGCAGGUAUGUCCGUUGGGGGUUCUGGUGAUGGUGCUGGAAGUUGGAAUGCAUGCACAUGGCUGUUGUUGGAGGGAUUGAAAAGUUCACGGAUUUAG